AUGGGUGUUGAGAGAGGGGCAACGGAGAUUGUCGAUGAAGAAGCGCAGGUCGCAAAGGACGAUGCAGUGGACUGUACUAGGAAGUUCUUGGCGAUGGAGGCGGCUGCCGCCGUGGAGCCUUUGCAGGCUGCCGCGGUGGGCGAGACUAUGGUAGACGACACAAAGUCUGCAAAGUCUGCGGAGCUUGUCGCCGCCAAGCGGGCUGUGGAAUGCGAGGAGCAAGCCUUGUUUGGCAGCAAGAACAAGAAGGUCCUCAAUGGAAUCACGAAAGCCGAGAAGAAAAAGUUGGAGGAAAUGGAGGACACGCCACUGAGCGAAGCCAUGAAUGUGGCGGAAUCCACAGAUGCGUUCGAUCCGAUCGAUGGCAUCAUGGCCAUGCCAACAUCAAGAACCAACGUGGACCAAGAGGGUCCUGGAGCGUAUGCUCGUUCUGGGAGACCCAUCUUCCAUCACGACGCAGAAAUGGGUGAUGGUGCCACUAGCAGUGUACCAGAACUGGGCUCUCCCUCUCCCAUGCCCAUGAACAAUACUGAAGAAGUCACUUCUUCUGCACCACCACCACCGCAGAAUGCUGGCUUGGCUGUGGCCAACCGAGUGCAUGAAGUAUUGCCUCAAGACUUACCCCAAGCUCACAAUUACGAUGCCGGGCAACAGUCUGCCCGAAAACGGCAACUAGAUCAAACGCAAUUCCGAACGUUUAUUCUGCUCUUGGUCAUUCUCCUGAUUGCCAUUACUGUAAUCAUCGUGGCCGUGUUAGUUCCAGCAAACAACAAUGAGGAUCCAUUCAAUCCAGAGCAACCACCAAAUCAAAUCCAGGAAUCAGAAUUCCCUACCGGUGCACCUACGAUUCUUGCCGAAACAUGGCAAGGACUACCAGACUACACACUCACUGCCUUGCAAGAUCCCGUCUCUCCCCAAGCCAGGGCCUACGAAUGGGUUUUGAAUGACCCCCACAGGACAUCCUAUCCCCAAUGGAAGAUACUGCAGCGAUUUGCGCUGGCGGUAUUCUACUUUAGCACGGGAGGAGACCGCUGGAUUCUCCGCAAAGACUGGCUCGACUACAAUGUGGAUGAAUGCUCCUGGUAUUUUCGGAAUUUCUUGAGUGGCGUCGAAGACUUUUUCAUUCACGAAGGAGUUACCGAUACACCGUCGACACUGCAGAUAAUAGAUUCCGUGUGUGACAGUCAAGGCCGCUACAUGUACAUCAUCUUUACGGAAAACAACAUGCACGGAACUCUUCCACCAGAGUUGUCUCUUUUGAGUGAUUCACUGAUUAGUCUGGAAGUUGGAUCCAAUCAAGACUUGUUUGGGGAUAUCCCAUCCGAGAUUGGUCUGUUGACGAACUUACAGCAAUUCUACGCCAACCGGAAUCAACAUUCCGGUCAAAUUCCCACAGAGGUCGGACAGUUGUCUCAUCUGCAAGCCAUUGAAUUGGGAUACAAUCCAUUCACUGGAUCACUGCCGAGUGAAAUGGGAAAUAUGCAAGCUUUGAGCUUUCUCAGUGUCCGCCAAUGCGAUCAAAUGACGGGGAUCAUGCCCACCGAGCUCUACCGGUUGACCAACAUGGUGUCUCUAUACAUUCACGGUCUCGAUCUUGUCACCAGUGCCAAACUGCUCCCCGACAUUGGCAAAUUGACAAAGUUGGAGAACAUCAAAACUUAUCCCCUCCCCUUCAAUACUUCCAUUCCAACCGAAAUUGGGUUGCUCACCAACAUGCUCCGAAUGAACUUUUGGAAGAGCCAAAUCACUGGAUCUGUGCCCAGCGAGUUGUUCCUUUUGACAAACAUGAAGAGAAUAGAUAUUGAUGCCAAUGCCCUCACUGGUACCAUUCCGACGGAAUUUGGCCUUUUCCCCAAUUUGACCAUGGCUUGGAUGGAUGGAAACCGGUUUAGUGGAACAGUUCCAGGGUCCAUCUUUGAGAACUGGGGAAAACUUACCUUGCUGGCAAUCAACAACAAUGAUCUGGAAGGUCCCCUACCCUCAGAAAUAGGUCUCCUGACAAGCAUUGAGGCACUGCGGCUUUCCCACAAUGACUUUUCAGGUUCCAUUCCAUCGGAGUUUGGGCUUUUGAACGACCUGACAGAGCUGUUCCUCCAUGAUACCAACGUCACUGGGAAUAUACCAGAGACUCUGGUGGAUAUGGGUGCCUUGGAGCAUCUCACAUUGUCCAACACAUCUCUAACCGGAUCCAUCCCAGAUGGUCUGUGCGACAGAGUUUGGGACAUGACAUAUACCUGCAAUGAAUACUAUGGGGGCGUCUACACCAUCUGUUAUGAUGCUGAAAGGGUGAAUUUCACUUGCUCGUCCACCGAUCUCUGUGGGUGUGACGCUUGUGGGGCGUGUAAUGCAACUGGCUAG